ACAGUUUCUUCUGGAGCUUCCACGUGAAGUAUAUACGGCAAGGUUAUGUACCGGCGGCUGGCGUCCUGAUUAUGCGCGAAAGAAAGGUAUCAUGUCGAUGACAAGAGGACGCGAGAGAGCGAGGCCGAGGAAGCGAGGGGCAACUGGCACUUAUAGCACGCGAGCCAGCCAGUGUUUUGUUGGUCGUCGUCGUGGUAGGGCACGGUCGCUCCUCACCGGCUCACCCUUGACUCGCUCGCUCGAGGCUGAUGUAAACAGAUCCGGCUCGUCGUGCGUGAGUCUCCUGAGCAUCGUCCUAGUGCGUACUGCUUAUCGAUGCUCAUGUGAUUUUUUUUUUUUACAAGCGGAUUCGCAACAAUACGACAAUUUUGGAGAUUUCUUGGGUUUUAACCAAGUUUUCUCUGCCUUAACCCAGUGAAAAGUGAAUACAUAUGUGAACGGUGACACAUAACAGUGGUUUGCGUUCAUACCGGCUCAUAGUGCUUCCAAACCGAGAAGGCAAGGUACACGCAACUGACUAGGAACAGGUAAACCACACUACCACCAGCGACAUAGCGUGAAGUGCACUGACCUGGGAGCUACAAGGCCACGAGCACGAGGACCAUGCCUGACCUUCGCCGCGCCGUGCUUGUGUUCGUCGUGUGUUAGUGUUUCCCCCGCGUGUGUGCCGCCGGGAUGCUGCCGCGUGAGAGGGUAGCGAUGGGGCCCCGGCUACGCCUCCUGCUACUACGGCUGCUACUCCUUCUUCCAUGCGUUUCCGUGCGGGCUCUAGGUGCGGCGGCAGCAGUUCGCACGUCCACUGCCCCGGCCGGCCCCGUGCUGGUGGAGCCGCCCCCCAGCGUGGUGACCUUCACUAACAGCUCCGGGGCCGUGGUGGCGUGCCUGGCCCGCGGUGACCCUUCCCCCCAGGUGGCUUGGCUCAACUUGGACCACUCGCCCGUAACGAACAUUCCCAGCGUGAGGGAGGUCCUGAGCAACGGGUCCCUGGUGGUGUGGCCCUUCAGCGGCACAGACUACCGCCAGGAUGUCCACGCCGCUGUCUACCAGUGCCGCGCCUCCAACCCCGCUGGCGUGGUGCUGGCGCCUCCCACCACGCUUCGGGCCGGUAAGUGAUGUAUAGGUGCAACCGCGAACUGUCUUGAUGAGGGACUGGGUUACGUUAAGCAGGUGAGUGUGGUGGCCCGCUGAGGCGACGAUGGUGGUACACA